AUGUGGCGUGCACUCCUUCUGGUGCCUGCUGCGGGUGCCCCUAGCGUGGCUUGCCCAGGGCUGCAGCAGGGCAGCUUACAGGUGUGUGAAAGGUGCGUGCACGACGAUCUUUGCUCGGCGGGGCUGUCAUGCGACUCCUUCAUGCAGAAAUGCAUUGAACCAGCAUGGAAUGCUUCCGAGGCUUUGGAAGCCUGUCCAGAGGACCCAGAGCGGCCCGAAACUUGGGCAGCGCAGUGCAAGCUGUCCUGUUCUGACCAGCAGACAACGUCAGCUUUGAGCAUCUUUGUUUGCAGUUUGUCUAUGGUCCGUGUGCUGUGCGCCCUUCUCUCAUGCCUGGCACUGGCAUGCGAUGCAGCAGAAGAGCUCCCCACAGAGAAUUCGACCUUGAAGUUGACUUGUUUCGGCUGGCGCUUGGAGCAACCAGAGCUCAUCGUUACAAACUCCGGGGCCUUCCUGAACGGAGUUGCGAUCAGUGAUGAUCAGCUGCGGAGUAUCCACGAGGUUGCAAACGAUCUUAUUGUUACCGACGACAAAGUUCUCACAAACUUGGACAUGCUGGCAGGGAUCCAACGAGUUGGCGGCAAUGUCGAGAUCCGCUACAACUCAGCCCUUCAGGAUUUCUCAGGUUUGUCAGGCCUGCAAAGCGUGGGAGGGUCGGUAAAUAUUAUCGGCAACAGAGGCGUUCAAGAUCUGGCGGGCUUCGCCGACUUGAGAGUAAUCGGAAGGUUUUUGAGGGUGCAUCACAACGAGCGGCUGGAACUACUUGGUGGAUUUGACUCGCUGACCCGUGUCGGCAGAGAUCUUUCCAUUCGUGGAAACAGCAAGCUUCAGAGCAUGCCGCGAAUGCCCCAGCUGAAGAUGGUUGACGGCAAGGUGGAGGUGGUGUUCAACAGAGCCAUGAGUGCAGCUUAUGGAAUGGAGUCCCUCGAGUUUAUUGGGGGGGACCUAGCGAUCAAGGACAACGAUAACCUGACCAACAUGACUAUGCUGCCGGCAGUUCGGGAGAUCGUUGGCAAGUUCGAAGUAAGCUACAAUCAGGCUCUGCUGGAGGUUGGUGGACUUGAGAACCUUACCCAGAUUGGAAGCCUGGCAGUGGUCAGCAACCCAUCGCUCAAGAUCGCCGACUUUGCGAACCUAUCAGUUGUCCAUGGUGCGGCUGAGGUCAUGUAUAAUGAGGCGUUGCAGGAACUGGGCCUCAAGAAGCUUGUAUCAGUUGGCGUGACUUUGGGAGAUGGCGAAAGAGAUGACAAAGACGACGAACCAACUCACCUCAAGCUCAACGACAACGACAACAUGACGCAAGUCGAGCUUCCCAGCCUUGCUUCUAUCGCGAAUCUGGAAGUACGUUGGAAUGCGCAGCUAAAGCAGGUCUCGACGACUGUGGCGUUCACCCACAGUAUCAUUAUCGAGGCAAAUCACCUUCUGCAAGAGAUCCUUAUGCCCAACACCACAGAGAUAAAUGGCGAGCUUCGUGUGGCCUUCAAUGCAGUGAUUCCUGACAUCUCCAGCUUCGAUUCGCUAACGCUUGUCAAGGGUGAUAUAAACAUUCAAGAGAACAAGGGCUUGCGGGACAUGUCUGGCUUCGGGAAGCUCCGAGCAGUGACAGGAGACUUGCAGGUAACCUCCAAUCCAGCCCUACAGGAUUUGAGUGGCUUGUCCUCCGACUUCAGUGUCGGAGGGAACUUGCAGAUCUCAGAGAACGACAACUUGUUGGGGCUUAGCGGCAUGUCUGCCCUGCCCGACGUGAAGGGUUUUGCCGUCCUGAGCUUCAACUGUUCGGGCAACUCUGUGAGACCUGCGAACACCGCAACAUGCGUUCCUUGCGAAGCCUGGCACUACGCCGAAGAUCAGCGCUGCAAGGUCAAUUACACGUUUCUCGUCAUUGUUGCUUUCGUUUCUAUCCUCUCCUUCUGCAUCGUUGCCACCCUCGUCGUGACUUUCAGGAAAGUCAUGCCAGUGGAGAGCAUCGUGUCGGCUCCGGGCAGGGUCCUCCUCAGGACUCAAGACAGGCAUUACUUGCUCCGAGGCGUGUGGAGCCGUGACUUCCCGUUGGUCAUACACGGCACAGGAUGCGAUCUCCUGGAUAAGCCGUCUAAGAGGCCUCUCAAAGCCAGGGCUGUCAGCGACAAAGAGCUUGAGGUCCUGGUAGUCGUCGAGAAAACAGGGAAUCCGAGACGGUCCAUGAGCUCUCUCCAAGACAUUCCUUUAUUUAUGGACGUAUUGCAGCCAGAGCCAGGCUUUGGUAUGCCAGUCGAUGCCAUGGCUUCAGGCAGCACUGUCAUCAGUGGCCAGGGGGUGGCCCGUGUCAGCUGCCCUUGGGAGCUGCGGGUGGUUGGCUUUGGGGUGCCUGCUGCGGUCUGGCUGAGCCUCUUCCUAGUAACGAUUGCUGCGUUCCUUGGUGCUGGAUUCUUGCUUGGCAUCGAGCCCGCGAUCAUCCUAGAUUCAGUCGGCUGCGGCUCCCUCCUAGGGGCGGGAGUGUCCCUGGCCUUUCGAGCCUAUGCGAUCCGUCGCAGACACUGGAAGAGGCGUGCUCGGAGCAAGGCAGUUCGAGAGAAGGCCCUACUUGGGGAUUUGGAGCAUGCUGUGCGGAGCGGAGAUGACCCAGCCGUACAUCGCAUUCAGUACGAGCUGCAGUCCAUGAAGUCCUGGGGGCCUCAGCGCUUUUCCUCGACAUUGCAUGCGGUGAAGCAGAAGCAAAGUCAGGAGGCAGGCGUCAGCAUCUCGUACUUGCUUUCCGCGGAGUUCAAACUGCUUGCACAGACACGCAGCAAGUUGGAUGAUCCGAAUUUCUACGAUCUCAAAGAUGCAUUCUUUCUCUCCACCGACCCAAUAGCAAUUGGCAGCGACAAAGUUUGCCCUCGUGACGGUAAGCUGGGAUGCGCCCUUGUCGAUGUUUUGGACCUUGACCACAGGGGAGACUGCACGCACUUCUUGUCCUGGACCUGGGGGUAUUCCUUGAACCUCGUGCGCAGCUCCAUGACGGCAUGGAUUGACCAAAGCAAGAUCGAUCCUCAGAAGACCUUUUUGUACAUGUGCUUCUUUGUCAACAAUCAGUACAGGAUUCUGCUGGAUCAGAAUGGCGCAGGCAGCAUGGGCUCAAACCUGAAAGAUGUUUUCGGCGAUAACUUGCAACGGAUUGGCCGCAUGGUCGCACUCCUUGACGGUUGGGAGAAACCGACAUACCUUUCUCGCAUAUGGACAAUUUUCGAGCAGUACACGGCGGUGGUGUUGGAGAUCGAGGUCACCUUUAUCCUGCCCGAAGUGUCUGGAGAUAGCUUGCUCGAAGAGAUCCGCAAAGGCGAGGAGGGCAUUGUUCGCGUGCGGGACUCCCUUUGCGAUGUCGAUGCCGAGAUCGCGUGCGCAUGGUGUCCAGAAGACGAAAUGCAAGUCAAAAGUAUGAUCGAGGAAACCAUCGGCUUCGAGAAGGUAAACGCCAAGGUGCAGGAACUUAUGAUUGCUUGGGUGGCAACCAUGGUCAAGGACUAUUUGGGUGGCCUGGUCGUGAGUGGGUCUCGGCGGUUGAAGCGCUCGGGAGCACGGACACAGCUCCUUUCAACUACGACUCUCGGUCACAGGUCAAGCACCAGGACGAACGCCAGCACAGUGGUGUCGUUGCAACCGGUCCGAACGGGGCCUCGCGGUGAGCCUGUAUGGGCAGCUUACAUGUACGGGUCUUCCACGAACGUGGAGACCUUUUAA